AAUCAAUCAUGUAUAAAGCCUGCUCCUGAGCUGUGGGUGCUGUUUGGACCAGUGUGUAGUUUCCAACACCAUAAUGGAGCUUUUCAAGUGUCUGUUUGGUGUCGUGUUGGUUGUAGUUUUUGUUUCUACUGUUGCCUCCCAGCAUAACUGGGUGCUGCCUCUGCAGCAACAUCAACCUCCUCUUCCUCCUCAGCUACCCCAGCAACAGUCUCAUGUCCCUACACCUGCAGCGCCCUUUGAUAAGUGCCAGGUGGAGGAGGGUGAGAAGAUCCAAUGUGGGACUCGAGAUAUCACCGAAGAGCAGUGUGCAAACAUAAACUGCUGCUUUGAUGGGCGGCAGUGCUACUAUGGCAAAGCAGUGACUGUGCAGUGCACCAGGGAUGGCCAAUUUGUGGUUGUUGUGGCUCGAGACACCACUGUACCCCACAUAGAUGUGGAUUCAAUCACCCUGCUGGAAACAAACGACCACUCCUGUACCCCGGUUGCCUACACUUCUUCGUUUGCCAUCAUCCAGUUCCCUGUGACAGCAUGUGGAACGACAAACAAGGAGGAGGAGGGUUACGUGGUGUAUGAGAACCACAUGUCCUCCUCAUACGAAGUGGGAAUUGGACCCAGAGGAUCAAUCACUCGGGACAGCCAUUUUGAACUAUUGUUCCAGUGCAGGUAUUCAGGCACUGCUGUGGAGGCGCUCAUCAUGGAGGUGGAAGCCGUUCCUCCUCCUGUGCCGGUUGCUGCUUUUGGACCCUUGAGAGUGGAGCUGAAAUUGGGAAAAGGAGAGUGCCACUCUAAGGGCUGCGUGGAGGAAGAAGCAGCGUAUAGCUCCUUCUACACUCCAGCAGACUACCCAGUCACCAAAGUGCUGCGGGAACCGGUCUAUGUAGAGGUAGGCAUUGUGGAGAGAUCUGAUCCAAACAUCAUCCUGAACCUGGAGCACUGCUGGGCCACUUCCAGCCCUGAUCCUGAAAGCCUGCCACAGUGGGAUCUUCUACUUGAUGGGUGUCCCUACCAUGAUGACCGUUACUUGACCUCUGUGGUGCCUGUAGAUGAAUCCUCUGGGCUGCUUUACCCCACGCACCACAAACGUUUCAUUGUAAAAAUGUUUGCAUUUGUGGAUCAGAACAACUACACACCUCAAAAAGACACGGUGUUCAUCCAUUGUGCUACAGAAGUGUGUUACCCCAGCAGCACAGAUUCCUGUGAACAACCAUGCCACAGACAACGACGAGCUGCAGCUGCAGUAAGGAAAGUUUCCUCGAGUCGCAGAGCUCUAGUAUCAAGCAGAGAGGUGAUCCUAACAAAGCACAGGACCAAAUCUGCUCCUAAUUCCAAAUCAAAGAGAUGAGAAUCUGAAAACUGGACUUGACUUUUAAUAAAAGCUUGUUGAAAGCUCUA